AUGGACAAGAUGGUGAGCAAGAUCAAAAGUUUGGAGAAGAAGGUUUCUGGUUCUUCAAGCAAGAAGAAGAAGUCCAAGGCCCCCACAUUCCCUAGGAGUAGAUCUCUUCUCACCACUCCAAGGAGGCUCCCUGCCCAAGAGCCUCACAGAGCCUCUUCUUUCGAGCCAAGGGAAGGAGAAGACAACACGCAGAGAAGGAGGAAGACUUCCAAGGCCAGACGCUCCAGCUCGACCACCGGACUCGAUCGAGUCCAAACAGAGGAAACUCAACUCGAUCGAGCUGACGGUCGAGCUGACCUGGAGGAGCCCCAGUUUGAGAAUCCGGAUUUCGAUACGAUCAACCAGUACCAGGACUUCCCAGAGAUGGACCCCUACAACAGUCGAGAGCCAGCUCCACCAAGGCCAAGGAGCCACACACAUUUGAGAUGA